UGCUUUGGGGCCUUACGUCACCAACCAGCGACAGCUCCAGCGGCGGUUUGUUUUGAUGAUUUCAGACAGUACUGCUGUGGAUUUUCAUUUAUACUUCAUAAAGCUAGAAGUAGAAUGAUUCACGAAUUGUUGUUGGCAUUGAGUGGAUACCCGGGGACCAUUUUCACCUGCAAUAAACGGACGGGUUUACAGGUGUCCCAGGACCUGCCCUUCCUUCACCCAAGUGAGACCAGUGUACUCAACCGGCUCUGUAAAAUGGGCUCAGAUUACGUACGCUUUACAGAAUUCAUAGAGCAACAUACUGGCCAUGUGCAUCAACAGGAACAUCACACAAAUCAGGCCGGCCAGAUGGGACUUCAUGGGAUUUACUUGCGUGCAUUCUGCACAGGCUUGGACUCAAUACUGCAGCCAUACAGACAGGCUCUACUGGACCUUGAACAGGAGUUCCUCUGUGAUCCCCACCUGACAAUAUCCCAUGUGAAUUAUAAGCUUGAUCAGUUUCAGUUGCUUUUUCCCUCGGUGAUGGUGGUGGUUGAAACGAUCAAAUCGCAGAAGAUCCACGGCUGCCAGAUCCUGGAAACGGUAUACAAGCACAGUUGUGGGGGGCUUCCUCCAGUCCGCAUGGCCUUAGAAAAGAUCCUUGCCGUGUGCCACGGUGUGAUGUACAAGCAGCUUGCCGCCUGGAUGCUGCAUGGAUUGCUGCUCGACCAAAGCGAGGAGUUUUUCGUGAAACAGGGUCCAAGUGCAGGAGGGGCCGCUGCCUACCAGGAGGAGGAUGAGGAGGACCUCGGCCUGGGAGGCUUCAGCGGCAAACAGCUGAGGGAACUUCAGGACCUGAGGUUGAUCGAGGAGGAGAACAUGCUGGCUCCGUCCCUCCAGCAGUUCUCCCUGCGAGCAGAGAUGUUGCCCUCCUACAUUCCGAUACGAGUGGCAGAGAAGAUCCUAUUUGUUGGAGAAUCUGUGCAGAUGUUUGAAAACCAUAACCACAGUCCCUCUCGGGCAGGCUCCAUAUUGAAGCACCAGGAGGACGCAUUUGCGGCGGAUUUGCACCGACUUAAGCAGCAGCCUCUUUUCAGCCUGGCUGAUUUUGAAAACUUAAUUGAUCGCAUCCGAAGCACAGUGGCCGAGCAUCUUUGGACACUGAUGGUGGAGGAGUCCGAGCUCCUUGAGCAGCUUAAGAUUAUCAAGGACUUCUACUUGCUGGGUCGUGGUGAGCUCUAUCAGGUUUUUAUUGACCUCGCGCAGCACAUGCUGAAGACCCCACCCACCGCCGUCACCGAGCACGAUGUAAAUGUGGCCUUCCAGCAAGCAGCUCAUAAGGUGUUGCUGGAUGAUGACAAUCUGCUGCCUUUGCUGCACCUCACUGUUGACUACCAGGGCAAAGACAGCAAAGAGAUGAUGGGCCCAAGAGAUGGAACCACUCCUCCACAAGAUGUCUCCCCUCGUGAGGUGCCUCCUACUGGCUGGGCUGCUCUCGGCCUCAUCUACAAGGUUCAGUGGCCGCUGCACAUCCUCUUCACUCCGGCGGUUCUGGAGAAAUACAACGUCGUGUUCAGGUACCUGCUGAGUGUGCGGCGGGUGCAGUCACAGCUCCAGCACUGCUGGGCUUUGCAGAUGCAGAGGAAACAUCUUCAGUCCAGUCAGACAGAUGCUAUCAAGUGGAGGCUACGUAACCACAUGGCUUUCCUCAUCGAUAACUUGCAGUACUACUUGCAGGUGGACGUGUUGGAGUCCCAGUUCUCACAGCUGCUUCACCAGAUCAACUCCACCAGAGAUUUUGAGAGUAUCAGACUCGCCCAUGACCAUUUCCUCAGCAACCUGCUUGCCCAGUCCUUCAUUCUCCUGAAACCAGUCUUCCACUGCCUGAAUGAAAUCCUGGAGCUCUGUCUAAAUUUCUGCUCUUUGGUUAGUCAAAGUGUGACAUCCCUAGAUGAGAGGGGAUCCGCUCAGUUGGACAUUCUCGUCAAGGGCUUCAGGCGUCAGUCAUCGCUCCUCUUCAAAAUCUUGUCAAGCGUGCGGAAUCAUCAGAUCAACUCAGAUCUUGCUCAGCUCCUCCUGCGACUGGACUACAACAAGUACUACACCCAGGCUGGAGGCACGCUGGGCAGUGUUUGAGAAGACCAGAGUGAAUUGCUGUUUAGCCACCCGAAAACUCUCUCCCUUCAGUCUUUUGAGUGUGGUGUUUCUGAUCUAUUGAAACGUUGCAUUUCAAUUUCAAAUGUCAAAAUAUCCCCUUCAUGGGCUGACUUCUCAGUCAAGACUUAUGACCGUGAUUUGGAUCUGCCCAUCAACAUGCCAUCCACUUCUCGACAGCUUCUCCAUUGGGGGCGGCUGUCAAGUCUCAACAAUGUUAUGAGCAGUUGAACAGAUCCAGAAUUCAUGAGGAAAACUUUUCCUCAACGGUCGGUCACUCCUACACACUUUUGUAUGAAGUGUAAAUAUAUCGAAACCUUAUUGCAUGUAACAAUUUUGUGUCAAAAACAAAAAGUGCUCCAUUAAAGUGAAACAAGGCUGA